AUGCUCCAGGAGAAAAGCCUGUCUGAAACCGAGGAAGGGUUUCCAACAGCCCCCGCGCCCGGCCAUGCGGACUCCUCCGCCGGCUCCCCCGUCCUCGGCGUAGCCGGGGGGAGCACCACGCCGCUCAGCAGCCCGCAGCUCCCCGACCCCGAGCAGACAAUAGAAAAUAUCAAAGUCUAUCUCCAUGAGAAGGAGCUAUGGAAGAAAUUUCAUGAAGCUGGCACCGAAAUGAUAAUAACCAAAGCAGGCAGGAGGAUGUUUCCUAGUUACAAGGUCAAAGUGACUGGAAUGAACCCCAAGACCAAGUACAUCUUGUUGAUCGACAUCGUCCCAGCUGACGAUCACCGGUAUAAAUUCUGUGACAACAAAUGGAUGGUGGCCGGGAAGGCAGAGCCGGCCAUGCCGGGCCGGCUGUACGUGCACCCCGACUCCCCGGCCACGGGGGCACACUGGAUGCGCCAGCUGGUGUCCUUCCAGAAGCUCAAACUCACCAACAACCACCUGGACCCCUUUGGACAUAUCAUCCUUAAUUCAAUGCAUAAAUACCAACCACGGCUGCACAUCGUGAAGGCGGACGAGAACAACGCUUUUGGCUCCAAGAACACAGCCUUCUGCACCCACGUCUUCCCAGAGACAUCCUUCAUAUCAGUCACCUCCUACCAGAAUCACAAGAUAACGCAGCUGAAAAUUGAGAACAACCCCUUUGCCAAGGGAUUCCGGGGCAGCGACGACAGCGACCUGCGCGUGGCUCGGCUGCAAAGCAAAGAAUAUCCAGUAAUUUCCAAGAGCAUCAUGAGGCAGAGGUUGGUGUCCAGUCAUGGCCAGCUUUCAACAAAGCCAGACGUGAACCCACUUCAUGGCAAUCACCAGACCCUUCAGCAUUAUCAGUAUGAGAAUGGUGCUCACAUGCAAUUUGCAGCUUCGGAUACUCAAGACCUGCCACUCAACACCUUCACAGCACAGAGAGAUUCAGGGCUCUUCUACCAUUGCCUAAAGAGAAGAGAAAGCGCCCGGCACCUGGACCUGCCCUGCAAACGCUCCUACCUGGAAGCCUCGUCCUCUGUGGGGGACGAUCACUAUUUCCGUUCCCCGCCGCCCUACGAGCAGCAGAUGCUGAGCCCGUCCUACUGCGGCGAGGUGGCCCCGAGGGAGGCCUGCAUGUACUCUGGGGCCGGGGCCGACAUCGCCGGGGUCUCGGCGGUCGACGACCUGCCCCCUCCGCCCCCCCCGCUGGGCUGCAACAUGUGGACUUCAGUCGCACCUUACACCAGCUACAGCGUUCAGACAAUGGAAACUGUGCCCUACCAGCCCUUCCCUCCUCACUUCCCCGCCGCCCCCAUGAUGCCGCGGCUCCCGGCCAUCGCGGGCCAGGGCUCGCAGCCGCCGGGGAACGGCCACUUCAGCGUCUACAACCAGCUGUCCCAGUCUCAGGUCCGGGAGCGCGUCCCCGCGCCGUCCUUCCCGAGGGAGCGGGUGCACCCGUCCGUGUGCGAGAGGAAACCCCCCUCUCCGCACCUCAACGCGGCCAACGAGUUCCUGUACUCACAGAGCUUCUCCCUGUCCAGGGAGUCGUCGCUGCAGUAUCAUUCAGGGAUGGGGACUGUGGAGAACUGGACUGAUGGGUGACUCCCGGGGCCGCAGCCAACGUUCCUGCUCCAGGACAGUGUUCAAUCAGUGUUGAUACCUGUGGGUAACUUGCACUUCGGGGAGACAAAUGUGCAUUUCCAGAGGGAUUUGUGUGGGUGAAGAGCUUGUAUCUUCAGGCACACAGAGAGUUACAUCUCCUGUCUCAGUGGGCUGGAUCCAUCAGGCUCUUACUGACUCCCAAAUAAAUUAAUUCUCGCGUCUUCAUCCGGUAGAAACCACCUUCAUGACUAACAAGAGACGCAGCCGGUCAUUUCCUUUUGCUUGUGAUCUCAAACAUCACAAGCAAAUUUUGGCUAUUUGGGAAAAACAUGAGCUUCGCUUUUACGGUUCAUGAAGUCGAAACAUCCCAAAACUCGAAGGAAAACAAGCCGCCCGUUUGGUUGUGCAGCUCCAGGACUGCCGUGGCAGCGCCUCUUUAGGCUCUUUUGAUCCGUAGGAAUCGCUCCUGCCUCUGGAAGUGCCGUGGGGGCGCGAGGGCCAGCGGGGGGGAUCGCUGUGGGGUCAGGGAGCUGCGGUGCCAGCGGUGCCUCCCCGGCACAGCGCAGGGCUCGUGCCACGGCGAGGAGAGGAGAAGGCACCGAUGCACAAAUGUCUCUUCUUCCCCCCACACCACCAUGGGUGGUGGCUGUGGGCAGUGAAGAAGUGAAGUGUUACGCCCGAGGCCGAAGAGCAGAUUAGUUGCAGCGUUAGGAACAGACCCAGUGUCUUCAGGCUCCCAUCCCUUGAUUGAAUCACACUUGCUUUAUUGCAAUAUAUUUAUGAAGUUUAAGCUUAAGACUCGCUAAUACUUUCCAGAAACGAUUUCUGUAUCUGCUGGUACUUGAUUUCUUUGCUAUUCAGCUGAAAUGUGCCUUUUGUGCUAUGUUUUUUUUUUUCUCUUUUAAGCUCACUCAGAACAUUUCCUUUAUGGUGGGGUGGGGUGGGAAGAGCUCCCACCCCAUGCCAGGCCUUCCAGUGUACAAAUCUUUGUAGAACAGGUAAAAAGCUGUAACCAGUGUAUCCAUUGCUCCUGCUCUUUACUGAGCAAGUCUCUUGAACUGACUCCUCCAGCACUGGCUUUGCCCACUGGGGUGUCCCCGGGAGGGAACGGGUUGGUGAGGUGGGAAUCGGUCACAGGUUGGACUCGAUGAUCCCAGAGGUCUUUUCCAACCUAAACGAUUCUGUAAGGAGGGAUCACUUGGCUGGCACUCAUGUGGGGAAACAAGUGGAAUCCUUUCUGGAACAAAACUCCCACUGCCUUCACCCCCAAAGCUCCUGGGCAGGGAUGUGUCCGUGUCCAUCCCGCCGAGCUCCACAGGAUGGUGACGCUGACGGGAUCCAGGAGUUUGGUUCCACCAAAGAGCACAACAUUCCAGCCUUAGUCACGCACAGUGGGUUUGUUUUUUUUCCCCCCACUGCUUCCCAAAUGGGCAAAGGCAGAGAGCUGAAAUCCAAGUUUAGAAGUCGGGAGGUACUUGUGUGUUUGCGUGAAUCCAUUCCAAGGAAGGGGCUGAUGGAUGAGGGCCCUGAGGCCACUACAGUGGGUCCCGUUUCCACCAGGACAGUCCCAUACCCCCAUUCAGCAGCUGAUGUGUGUGACUGGUGUGGAUUUUGUAACCAGGAUUUGGAAAUCACUACAAUUUUUGCAUGCUGAAUAGCUAUUUAUAUACAUAUAUAUUUUAUAUAUAUAUAUAUAUAUAAAGAUAUAUAUAUAUCACAAAUGCAGGCCACGUGUCCAAUUCAGCUUUGCU